UAUAUAUUUGUUGCAGUUCCAUGUUUUGAUGUUUAUUGUUAAAAAUGAAUAUUUAUUAUAAGAAGACACUUUUCAUUUUAUAAAUCACAAUACAUAAGCACAGCAGUUGUAUUAAGAAUACCUCAACCAAGCCAUAGAGAUCAUAACAAUGAAACGAAGCAAGCACACGAGAGGUGGAAGCACAGACGACUCGUUUAGCACGGCCCAGAGGAAGUCGGCGACGCCAAGAAGCACGUCGGUCCCCUCAUCCAGGAUACCGUCACCUACUCGUGUUCCUGCUGCAGUUACAAGUCGUAGCAGCAGGGCAUCUACACCUCAAAGAUCCCGAUCCUCAAGCAUGUCCCCAACAAGAGGUGGAGCUAUUAGCCCAACAUGUUCAGCUAAAAGUUUAGAAAAUCUAAGUCCCAUUCGUCCACCUCGUAAUACACAACUGAUGGAUUCAGGUGGCUCUGGUAGAAACUUGGUCCGAUACAUAACACAAGACUUGAUCAAAAGGUUGGCAAAGGAAGAUGUUCUUGAACAUAUACAGCAACUUAAUUUCACAUUGACUGGUGAAAAAAGAGUCCGGUACAUUGAGAAUCUUGAAGGAUUAAAAAACUUGAAUUUAUUGAACCUUGGUGGAAAUGUAAUUCAACGUAUGGAGAAGCUCGACCACUUGACAAGACUACGACAUUUAAAUCUCUCACACAAUAAGAUAAGUAAACUUGAAGGCAUUGAGACAUUAGUCCAUCUACAAGUCCUCAACAUUGAAUCAAAUUAUAUAGAGAGGAUUCCAACAUGGCUUCCUAAGAAACUACGAGCGUUACGAACCAUACGAUUGGCGGAGAAUAAAAUUGAAUCGUUAAACGAUGUAACACGUUUGCGUACUUUGCACGAUCUUCACAUUUUCACGAUCGCUGGCAACGACCUCUGCGGGAUUCCCCACCAUAGACACUAUAUUAUCUUUCACUUGAGGUCACUAGACCAACUUGAUGGGAAAAACAUUUCAUCUUCGGAAAGAAAUGAAGCUUCGUCGCGAUUUUCACAAGAGGAACUUGACAGGUUGUCGAAGGACCUCAAUGACACCAUGUAUAAGUUGGAACAAAGCCAAGAAGGUCACAACCAGUCACUAGAGGAGAUAGAGAUCCUCGUUGCUAGAGAACGGGAGUCACAUGAUCGCGAGAACAGGGGGAAGGAGAGUAGGGAAGAGUUGGAAAGGGAACUCGACUCGAAAGAUGAUUUACUUAAGAAGAAAGCAAAAGAAUUACAGAAAGCCCAAGCCAAGCAGUACCAACUUGAACAGGAGCUUGCUUUCAUUAAACUUGAUGCAAAGUUCGAACCACUGAGUAUGCCAAUAGGUGAAAGUGAUGGAGAAGGGGACAGUCCCUAUAUCGGGAAGUCUCGUUACAAACGAAAUGAGAUGGCGCUAGAGAGUGAGAUGCAACCUUCCAUGCAUCAGAUUAAACCAUUAAACGAUGAGAACCGUCGAAAACUUGAUGGACAGAUCGCUGAAAAGCAGAGACAACUGAACGAAGCUGCGGAGAGGUUGGCGAGUUUACAACGCGAGCUCCGUGAGACGCAGAACCAGGUUGUCACGGCAACACAGGAACUGCAUCGACUCGAGCACGACACAAAUGCACGAAAAUUAUCUGAAGCGGAAAAAAUGAAAAUUCGACAAAGAUUAGCUGCAAAGAUUAAGAAAAUAAAUGAGAUAAAAGAUGAAGCUGAAAAGAUGGAGGAUUUGUUGAGUAGGGGUCGCGCAGAAGUUCAAAGGUCAAAGUUGGAAUACGACCGAAUACGAGCGAACCUUAAACAUCUGGAUCCAAACGCCCCUGAAUUCAACCAAGCCAAGUCUGACAUGAAAUCCAAGGAGCAACAAAUCAAGGAGCUUACCCAACAAAUCAAAUCAAACGAAGCACAUUUAGAUCGGUUGUUGAAAAACAUCGCAAUCGACACGGAAGCUAUUAAACAACUGGAGGAACAUUUAGAAGGCGGCACAGCAACAUCUGAUGAUGCAUUACGACAAGAACUUGAAGAUAUAGUUGGAGGCUUGCAAGAUUAUCUCAUCAAUGUCCGUCGAAAAGCUGACGCGCAACGUAACGAGUUCGACGACCUUUUGCGCGACAAGGAACGACUUGUGCGACGACUUGCUGCGCUUGAACAAGAGAAGUCCAUCUUAGCUGCAGAUGUGGAUGACUAUGGUCAACUACAAGCACAGAUAUCAGUACUUGGUGAGCUAAACGACUUGCUACAAGCCACACAAGAUCUAAAUGAAUCAAUACUUGGCGAGAGAGGGCAAGACCCUGUCCCCUCUGAUAUAACAACUGCUAUAAGGGAAGGGAUAGCUUCCCCCUUGCAAGUGGAGAAAGCAACCAGACUUACACUUGAUGCUUUGAACAAAUCAAUGUCGGACAUGAACAAACAGAACAGCGCCCUCCAGAGGGAGGCAAAUGAACUUUCCGUUCAUGAAGGAGAUUUACAACGACAGCUGGAGGCAGCAGAGAGCAGAAUCCAAGAGCUCCACGGAGCGAUGCAGGAUUCGGAGCAUCGAGGGAAAGAGGAUCGGGAGAAGCUCGGGAAGCAGAUGGAAGAGAUUGCUCGCCUCCAAAAUAAAGUUGGGGAUCGUGAGGAGGAGGCGAGAGCUGUGAAGAAGGAGCUUAGUAGGAUGAAGAACAAAAACCAGAAUUUGGCGAAAGAGCUUGAAGCACGAAACUCCGAAUUCAACGAUACGAUUGGUUCGUUACUUCAACCUGAUGACGUGCUUGAGCGAUUAAACGGAAUGCAGGAAGCACUAAAGCGUGGUGAUCGCUCAGCUGUGAAAUUUGACAAAGAUCCUGUCGGAAAUGCUCUGGCAACACUGAACGAGGCUAUAUUUGAUCGAGUUGACAAAGGCAACCAGGGUAAAGCUGAAGCCGAGAAGAAGUUAAAUUCACUUGAGCAGCAUAUGUCUAACCUUAAGAAGAAACUAAUGCAGGCACAACAAGAGUAUCGUGAAACAAUGGAAGCAGCCACGGCAGCGAAGAUUGGAGCUGAGAAACAUGCCCAUGAGAGGGCGCUGAAGAGACUCGAUGAUGAAAUGAAGAAAAUGAAAGAUAAAUUAAUCGAGGCUGAAGAUGAUGUAGCGUUGAUGAGAGCAGUUGCUCAUAAAGAAAGAGAGAAACUGGAGGAGGAUGUAAGAGCAAGGGAGGAGAGAGCAAGAUUAAGAGAUGCAAGGUUACAAGCCACACUGCGAGACAUGGAACGUGAAUUAAACGAAACAAAACGUAAAUUACGUGAGAAGGAAAAUGAGGCUGAUCAAGAACUGAAUGAAAAACAAGCAUUGGUUGACACCCUUCAUGAUAAACUACAUAAGAUGGAUGAGCGUUCCAGAGGUGAUGUUCCAGGAAGAGCUCACAGGGAGCUUGCAAGAGCAGAGGAGGAGAUUGCUGCUCUUCAAGAGCUGCUGCGUGCUCAUGAGGGGGAUGAGGGUGGCAGAGUUCGCGGGACGAUGAAGAAACUCCGUGAAACCUUAUCGUCACGCCAACGUGAAGUGGAACGACUGAAGAAAGCUUUGAGGUCGAUUAAAGAUGAAAACCAAGAUGAGAUUGAUAGUUUACUUGCCGAGAUAGAUGCUUUACGCAGAGCUUUGGCUUCAAACAACCAACACAUCAGGGGUUUGUGGCCGGGACAAUGGAUAUUUACCCCUAACCAACCCCCUACCCAAUCCAUGAGACCCCCAGUGUACCCUGGUCCACCCCCACCUCCCCCACCUCAAGGGACUUUUGUACAAAAUGUUGGAAGCGCUGAUCUUCAACCAGGAACCCCAGGUAUGAUCGCGCUACAGGAGGAUGGGAGUUACAUACUUGCUCCGUUUGAAGGUUUAUUCUGUAACGUACCAGAACACCAUCAUCUGGAAGAUGAAGUUGCCGAGUUACAAGAAGCUCUAGAAAAAUGUAGAGAAAAGAGAAAAAGUGAUCAAGCGGAACUUGAGGAACUCCACAAUCUGGUUGGUCCGUUGGAAGAAGGUGGGGCACGGUUGCAUCAUAUGAAAGAAGUGAUGAAAAAUCAUGAAGAGAUGAUUGAAAAGAUGAGGAAGGAUGAGGAGAGGAUGUCUAAGGAGAGAGUGGAGGUGGCUAAGGAGUUGGCCGACCUGAAAGACACACUUGCUAAGAAACUUGAUCGAAAGCAUCAACUUGAAGGAAGAGUUGAAGAUCUUCUUGGUGAACUCCGGACUGAACAAGCUCUCCUCCAGCAAGAUGAGAUGCACGAGGAGUUGACAUCCUUGGAACGGAUGUUGGGAAAGAGGAGAGGGGAGUUGAGGGAGGCCGAUGUUUUGCUCCGUGAGUCCAGGGAGGAGGCAGAGAAAGCUGAAGAGAAGUGUGAGGCGAUGACUAAGCGCUAUGACAUCACAAAGACUGCGCUCACUGAGGCGGAACAGGACGCUGAAGAGUUGGAGAGACAAGCAAGCGAGACGGGGGCAAAGUUGGUACGAGCUCGAUCAGAACUCCGGAUGUUGCAGGAGCAAGUGAAAGAGGCAGAGGGGAGGAAGAUCAAGUUAGAUGAUCAGUGUAGACAACUUGCAAGGCUUGUAACGAACAAAGAAGCAGAAUACACAGCAUUGGAACAGAAGACAGAUCACAUGACGGGGAAUCUUGAGCGACUUCAAUCGGAACUUAUCCUCGCUGAGGAGAAAGAAGCCGAGAGAUUAGGGGCGUUAAGGGAAAGUGAAAAGGUGUUAGCAGAGAGGCGAGAGGAGCUAAAUAAGUUAAAGGACCAAGCUGUCAAUCAAAGGGAUGAAUUGGAAUCAUUGGAUCGAUUGAUGGGGAAAAAGAAUACUGAGUUACAACUUCUACAGGAAAACAUAGAACAACAUCAGAACGAGCUAUCCACUGUGUUGAAAGAAGGCAAAGCAGAUGUGCAAGAGAAGCAGAAACAAAUCAAACACCUGAGACACGAGGUGGAUGAUCUAACUUCAUCCAGGAAUGAACUUGAUGCACAGGUGAUUCGAAAACGAGAAGAAGUUUCAGAAAUUCGUGAAAUGAGCGACAAAGCUUCUGAAGAACUACAGAACAAAAUAUCGGAAGUAAACAAGCAGAAGACUGAGUUGAAACACGUGCUUGAAAUGUUGGGUUUGGAACACCAGGAGUUGGAGAGUUUGCGAAGACAACACGACACAAAGUCAUCGGAACUGGCUGAAGCUCAACGUAGAUUGUUGGAGGAGAAAGCAGAGUUGGAACGAAUGACUUCAGAUGCUCAGAGGAAGGAAGUCGACCUCGCUCGUAUCAAAGAGAAUGUUGAAAAGCUUCGAAGUGAUGUAGAUUGUUUAACAAUGGAGCGAUCAACGUUAGAAGAUACCGUCACCUCAUUGGUUAAGGAGAAAGAUAUGUUGACGUCAUGUGCGGUCAACCUUGAUGAUAAAAUACAAUCUGGAAAAAAGUCCUUAAUGGAGAUACGAAGUGGAAUCGAUAAAUCUGGGGCAACACUGGACCAACUUGAGCAGGAACUCAGCAAAGUUAGAAAAGAAGUUUUUGAAUCAAACCAACAGAAGAAUCAACUGAACAAAGAGAUUGCAUCUAUGAGAGGAUUGGCAAAGGAUUUAAAAUCUGAUGUUUCAACUUUCAAAACAGAGUUAACCGACACCCAGGAACAACUACAGAUACUUGAGCAAGAUUUAAGAUCUGUGUGCAAACAUCGUGAUGAUGCGUCACUGGAGGCAGCAAAGAUUAACGAAGAACUACGUGCCAGGAACCAACAGUGUGAUGUCAUAAAUAGAGAAAUAAAGAGGAGAAAGGAAGAAAAUGAAAGAGAAGAAGAAGAGGCAAGAGCAAGGAGGGAGGAGGAGCAAGAGAAAGAGAAGCAACUGCAGCGAUUAUCGCGUGAGAUCGAGCGAGAAGAAGAUCGUUUGUCGAGAGUGGUUGCUGAGCUCAACAGCGACAUCCAGCGGUUAAAUACGGAGCUAACAGAGAAUCGAGACGAACUGGAAGCGAUUGUCAUCAAACGUGAUGCAACAAUGAGGGAUAUGGAAAGACUUGGAAGAGUUGAAUCUAAGUUCGAAGAAACCGAAUCAAGAAUCGACCAAUUAGAAUCAAUGGUCGCUGACCGUGACCUCGAGGUCACUCGCUGUCGCCGUGAAUGUUCGGACCUCAAGGGGGCGCUAGCAAGCACCGAUGGAGAAUUACGAGCAACAAAAGUUGAAAACGAGCACGACAUGAAGCGAAUACAACAACGGACCCUUGAAUUAAAAGAAGAAAUGGAGCAACAGAAGCAAAAAGAUCGUGAUGAGAUAUCUAUGUUGGAACGAACAGCGCAAGAUCAUUGCGAACGUGCGGCUCGUCUUUCGAGGGAACUUAACCAUUUGAGAGCAGACUUUAUACAAGCCAAGAAAGAAGUCAAUUUUCUGACGGAGGAGCGAGCCCGUCACACGAUGGAGAUGGAGAGAAUGGCUCGUCGAAUCAGAACGGAGGUUGACACCCGAGUAUCCGAGGGAGUUGAUCUUCUUAAUGAAUCUCACUCAGAUGCGGUUGCGGAGAUGAAGAUGUUGUAUAAGGAGAAAGAAACAGCGGGGAGGAAGUUACAUACUUUAAAAGAGAUCCAACGUGGCAGGUCACCCCCCAGGUCGGGGAUUCCCCAUGUGACAUCAUCACCGUCACAUGACUCAAUGAGGGCGCUACAGAGCGAGUUACAAGCGAAGCAGGAAGAGAUAGCAAACCAAAUCCGAACCCAGAUGUCAAGACACAGAGAACAAUGGAAUGCUCGUAAAAUACAAUCGGAGGGAAAGCUCCGAUCCUUGAGGAGGAAAGUUGAUAAUCUUGAUGAACUGGUGAGCAACACGUCAAUGGACUCUCUAUCGCACUCUAGAGGCCGUGAGCUCAAUUUUGACGAUUCCAGGAUUUCAUCAACAAUUGAAGAAGAACGAGAAAACAUUGUCCCUUAAGUGACGUAACAAUGCUUAUUGUUUACCUCCCUUCAAUCCGUCCAAUAGAAGGACCUGCACUCAUGUUUUACAAUUUUUAAAUUUUUAUCCAGUUUUUCUAGAAUUGCACUGUGCGUCAUAAAGUCGAUGCAGUAAUCCAUUGUUCCAUUGUUCUUCUUCAUGACGUGAUAGUUACUUUUGUGACGUAAUGUUACUGUUGCCGUGUGUUUUGCA